CCUUGAUGGACUCUCUAAUGGGGCCUCGCUCCACCAGGCACCACCAUAUCUUAUUAAAUCCUCUUUUUUGAAGUCCCUAGUACACAUCACCCUCUUAUUCUUUCUUCUUUUUCACUCACUCUCCUCUCUCAGUCUCUGAGCCUUUUUUAGCCACCCACUUCCAUGGACCCCACUGCAUCUCGCCACCGCCGAUCGUCUUCCUCCUCCGAUCGUUUGCUCGGACUUUUCACCUUCUCCCCGCCCUCUGUCGUCAGCGCUGGGGACGAGCUCAACGAAGCUGAGCUUUUUUGGUCUGGCGAUGCCCCUGAAACAGAAAAUCAACGCUUUCAUCAGCCCCUGCCGCCCUCUAAAGCCAACCAGCCGAGCAUAUCUUGCCCCCAGAACUCCGGCAUCCUCGCGGUGCUAUCGGAACCCGCUUUCCGCUCCGGUGAUCAGCCCAUAUUGUGUCGAAAGCCCACCAUCACUUCGACGUCUUCGAGGAUGGUUCCCUCGAUACCUAGACCGCCAGGUCAGGGGCCUCAAGACACGGAAUACUUCUCGCAGUCCUUGCCGUCCAGGAAAUUUCAACAGUCGGCUCCGAUGAAAGUUCCGAUCUUGUCGUCUAAAACCACGCCCAGGAGGAAGAACGACGAGCUGGCUUUAGUGGACGACGAUAUUGAAGACGAUGAUGAGAUGUUACCGCCCCACGAAAUCGUCGCGAGGGGUUCUGGAGUGUCGCCGAAGACCACUUCCUCGGUGCUGGAAGGGAUCGGAAGAACCCUCAAAGGGAGGGAUCUUAGACAGAGGAAGUUCAAUUUUGAUCGGUUCACCAAGGAUGGCGGCUUGAGUGAGUAUGUUUUGCCUCCCUAGUUAACUUGAUUGCACGGAGUUGAAAGGGUGCUGUCUUUACGGUUUUUUGUAAUUGGCAAUGGCGAUUGACCUUUUUAGGACUAUUUACAAUUACGAUCACGAUUAGAAUUCUGGGAUCAGGUUACUGGUAACUUUUCAACCGGGCGCUAUCUUUGCUCGUACUUAAUUAUCUUUCUCAACCCUGGAACACGUGUACUCUGUUUUUGCCUUGUCCCCUGGGACACAAGAUUCUUCUUUCGUUGGAGAUUGAAUUCUCUCAUUUAUCGCA